CGUAGUGCGGCGGUGUAGUCUUGGCGGGGACUUUUGUAAAUAUCAACAGCUCGGCUUUCGGAAACAUGCAGGAGCCAGAGAAGAGCAGUGAAUCGGUUUCAUCCAAAAGUGAUGCGGAUCAGGCUGGUGAGGCUUCUGCACAGGCUUCGACUCGUCGGAAUGAUUCGGUUAAAUCUUCUCAGUCUAAACCGAGGCUUAAACUCUUCAGUAAAGUGAUGGAAAAGAGUCUGCAGUGGCUGCUGGACAACGCCAGUUUCGACAGAUUUUCCCACUAUUUUCAGCCACUGUCAAAGCAAAACCCUCAGCUGACUGAAGUGAUGCACAAACAGUUCAUCAGUCAACUGCAGACUUUAAUACAGAAAGAGAUUGCCACUGUGAUUGAGGAGGGAGACCUGCAGGUUAAGUUUGAAGAGUUGGAUAAACUGGAGGAGCUUGCUAAAGAAACGGCUCAAACUGCAUGGCGUCCUAGUGGUGUUCCAGAGCAGGACAUUUGCAGCGAUUUAGUGUCGAGUUAUAAGAAGCAGGAGGAGUACAUGCGGAUACAGCUGAAGAAGCUCCAGAAAGAGAACGCUGCUCUCGCUCAAAAAGUACAAGCCGGCAGGGAGAACAUCACACACACCGAACAGCGCAUCUCAUCAGGAGUCCAAGAGUGGAAGGCAUCGCUUGAAGAUCUGGAAGCUUUUGUUGUGACUCUUUCCCCAUCUGAACAUUUUGAGUUUCUCUAACACCCAUUGUCUACAGUUUAAUGGAGCUUCAAUAUGAGCUUAUUGUGCAUCUGCAUGGUUUUUUUGUAUUAUAAUACUUAAUUAGAAUGUGUAUUCAUUAAACAGCCUUUGCACUUUUCUA